AUGGCAAAAGUUGAACUGUAUUUGUUUGGUACCUUUUCUUUUUUUCUUCUUUUCUUUCUUUCUUCUUGUCUUCCUAUUUUAUUCUUGGUUUCUCUAAUCCUUCCUUCCUUCCUUUCUUUCUUCCUUUUCAUCUUUUUCUUCUUACCUCCCUUCCUUUUUUUUCUUUUUUUCUUUCUUUCUUUCUUUCUUUCUUUCUUUCUUUCUUUCUAUGUUUUUUUUUGGUUUAUUUUUUUCCUUCCUUCCUUUUUUUUUCCUUUAUUUUUCCUUCCUUCCUUCCUUCCUUCCUUCCUUCCUUCCUUCCUUCCUUCAUUCAUUGUUUUCAUCUUUUUCUUCAUCUUAUCUUCUACUCUUUCUUUCUUUCUUUUUUUUCCCUUGAUUUUUAUUUAUCUUUAUCUGGCUUUUCAUCUUUUUCUUAUCUUCCACAUUCUCUCUCUCUCUCUCUCUCUCUCUCUCUCGGUUUCUUUUUUUCUUCCUUUUUUUUCCUUACUUUUCAUUUUUUUCUUCCUCUUAUAUUCCAUACUUUUCUUUCUUUCUUUCUUUCUUUCUUUCUUUCUUUCUUUCUUUUUUUCUUUCUUUCUUUCUUUUUUCCUUUGCUCUACAUCUUUUUUCUUCCUCUUAUAUUCCAUACUUUUCUUUCUUUCUUCCUUUCUUUUUCUUCCUUUUUUUCCUUGCUUUUCAUUUUUUCUUCCUCUUAUCUUCCAUACUUUUCUUUCUUUCUUUCUUUCUUUCUUUCUUUCUUUCUUUCUUUCUUUCUUUCUCCUUGUUUCUUUUUUCUUCCUUUUUUUCCUUGCUUUUCAUCUUUUUUUCUUCCUCUUAUAUUCCAUACUUUUCUUUCUUUCUUUCUUUCUUUCUUUCUUUCUCUUUGUUUCUUUUUUUCUUCCUUUUUUCCUUGUUUUUUUUUUUUUUUUUCUUCCUCUUUUCUUUCUUUCUUUUUUCUUUCUUUUUCUUUUUUUUUCUUUUUUCAUUCUUUUUUUUUUUUUUUUUUUCUUCCUUUUUUUCCUUGCUUUUCAUUUUUUUUUCUUCCUCUUAUAUUGCAUGCUUUUCUUUCUUUUUAGUUCUUUCUUUCUUCCUUUCUUUUUUUUCUCUCCUUGGUUUCGUGUUCAUACUGGUCCCUGUGUAGCCGGAGUGGUCGGGGUAAAGAUGCCGCGGUACUGUCUCUUUGGAGAUACGGUCAACACAGCGUCUCGAAUGGAAACAAAUAGUCAGAAUUGUUGGUCUCUCUCUCUCUCUCUCUCUCUCUCUCUCUCUAUCUAUCUAUCUAUCUAUCUAUCCCACUCUUUUCAUAUCUAUCCCAGUCUUUUCAUAUCUAUACCAGUCUUUUCAUAUCUAUCUAUCUAUCUAUCUAUCUAUCUAUCUAUCUAUCUAUCUAUCUCAGUCUUUUCAUAUCUAUCUCUCUCUCUAUCUAUCCUAGUCUUUUCAUAUCUCACCCAGUCUUUUCAUAUCUCUCUAUCUCUCUAUCUAUCUAAGUCUUUUCAUAUCUAUACCAGUCUUUUCAUAUCUAUCUAUCUAUCUAUCUAUCUAUCUAUCUAUCUAUCUAUCUAUCCCAGUCUUUUCAUAUCUAUCUAUCUAUCUAUCUAUCUAUCUAUCUAUCUAUCUAUCUAUCUAUCCCAGUCUUUUCAUAUCUAUCUAUCUAUCUAUCUAUCUAUCUAUCUAUCUAUCUAUCUAUCUCAGUCUUUUCAUAUCUAUCUAUCUAUCUAUCUAUCUAUCUAUCUAUCUAUCUAUCCCAGUCUUUUCAUAUCUCUCUAUCUCUCUAUCUAUCCCAGUCUUUUCAUAUCUAUACCAGUCUUUUCAUAUCUAUCUAUCUAUCUAUCUAUCUAUCUAUCUAUCUAUCUCUAUGACUUUCAGCUCUUUUCAAAAUUCAGAUAUGAAAGUGAGGCGAUUUUAGAUGGCGAUUGCCUAUAA